AUGACUCUGCCCCUCUCUUAUCCCAGCCUCAAAUGCGUUUUGGAGCAUUUGGAGGCAGUUAAGCGAGCACAUAUCAUUGCCCGUGCACCAGGCCUUCAGAAAAUUGAUAAAUUGAUACCACUUUGUCUCAUGAAUCUUGAUAUUGGAAAAAGGAAACUCUUUAUCAACAAAUUAUGGAUUACAUGUGAUAAGGAUCGGGUAGAAUACGAGAUGAUUUGGAAUAAAUUUAGCCGACAGAUAUCAGAAAGCCUAGAAGAUAAAAUAAAGAAACUGGCACGCUUUCAUAUCUGUGGAAGGUCAAACAUCUAUGUGAACAGGUUGAAUUGGCAUGACAAUUUGCCACCAGGUUUCUUGCCUGUUGAUCUGAAAUUUAGAGUCAACUCUUUGGAAACAGGUUCUGACUUCGAAACUGCAAUUCUUUUUAUAGACCCUCAAAGUUUUCCUCUUAAAACUGUGUUCACUAUUCCCGAGGCCUCAACAUUAUUUGACAACCAAGUUGUGAAGUUAGCGGAAACCAUUACUCUGAUUCUCGUUAAUCACCGGAACGUCACUGUUGAAGACCUCAAGAAGCUUGAAAACAAAACUGUGAUGAUCAAAUCCUUUUGGGACUUUAGAAUCGAUAUAAUUCCAUUGAUUAAAUAUCAUAUUGAAACUAAGAAAGAUAUUUGCACCACUUUUGAGAUUUCAACAGGUGACAAAAAUUGCUUCAGUGAGAUGUUACGCGAGUUUGAACAAGCGUUUGGUGAAUACAGAAAUGAUUUGGAUUUUAAUGAGAGAUUCCUCCCAGGAUAUUCUAGAUUCUCUAUCCCGAUCAACGAUGAAACUAAGAUCCAUGUCUAUACAACUAGGGAAACAACAAGUGUUUUCCGUGACAUAAUUGUGAAACCAGUGUCUGAAGUCUUGGCAUUAUGA